UCGGCACCGCUAUAUAUGUUAGCGGUGAUGAGCGAGCCAGUCAUACGUGCCAGCGCUCGCGUGGCGUAUAGUGAGUUAAGUUAGUGCGACACCUCGCGAAAUGAGGCUGUCACUGCACAUUGCGGUGGUGCUAUUGUCGGUUUACCAGACAUGUAAGGCAGCAAUUCCGAAUCCUAGCCAGAGUUAUGCGGUUUUUGGAUCACCUAUUAAUGCUGACCUAAAUGAAGAUGGUUAUUUCUACCCGAAACCAAAAAUACCUUUUCCGCCACCACCUCCGCCACCGCCAGUAACUCGACCACCGCCACCGCCGGUAACUCGGCCUCCGCCACCGCCGGUAACUCGGCCUCCGCCACCGCCGGUAACUCGGCCACCGCCACCGCCGGUAACUCGGCCACCGCCACCGCCGGUAACUCGGCCUCCGCCACCGCCGGUAACACGGCCACCGCCACCGCCGGUAACUCGGCCACCGCCACCGCCAGUAACUCGGCCACCGCCACCUCCAGUAACUUCGGAUGAUGGUUAUUUCUAUGACAGACCUAAAAUUCCAUUCCCACCACCCCCACCCCCAACUCCUAAAAGGCCUCCUCCUCCUCCACGAACUCCACCACCACCUCCAUCAACACUUCCACCACCUCCGAGAACACCGUCACCUCCCCCAAGGACACCACCACCAAGGACUCCACCACCAAGGACUAAUCCUCCUCCAACGCUUAGUACAGGAUAUUACUAUAGUACUCCUCGGAUACCGUUUCCUCCACCAACACGACCUACCAGACCCCCGCCAACAAGGAUUCCAACGACAUCACCCCCACCUUCUACUUAUUUACCUCCUUCAACCACAAGAAGACCGCCACCAAGCAGGCCCUCUACGUACUUACCUCCAUCAACGAGGCCACAACCCUCAACAAGGCUUCCACCUCCUCCUUCUCCGACAACCAGGAGACCACCGCCACCACCACCACCAGCAUCAACAACCAGAAGACCGCCCCCACCACCACCACCACCACCAACAACAAGGAGGCCUCCUCCACAACCAACGACCAGACAACCUACUUACUCUACGAUAUCAGAUAUUACUAGAACUACAGGCUAUGAUUAUCCGAAACCAAAUGUGACUUUCACAUUCCCUACAAGAUCACCAACGACAUAUUUGCCUCCAACCACAAGGCCUAUAGUUACAUAUCUUCCUCCUUCAACAACGAGGAGACCGAGACCACCUACCAGUUCCUCACCGCCACCUACCAGACCUACUUUCUCAACAUACCUACCACCUUCAUCCACACAGAAACCAUCCCCCCCACCCACUAGACCCACUUUCCCAACCUACUUACCACCUUCUACAACUCUAAGACCCUCACCACCACCAACAACAAGACCAACGCUGCCACCAACAACACGACCGACGCUGCCACCUACAACGAGGCCAAGUCCACCACCAACUCCAAGACCAACUCGACCACCAACCACAAGGCCAAGUCCACCACCGAGUUACUCAACAUUGUUGCCGGAAUUUAAAACCACGGGAUAUGAUUACCCAAAACCAAGUGUAACGUUUACGAUACCAACCUCAGCCAGGCCUACUCUUCCUCCACGACCAUCAACUUAUCUUCCACCAAGGCCAACACAGCCACCGACGACCCGGAGACCUACACGACCACCAUUUGUACCUGACCAAGGAUACUUCUACGAUAAACCUUUAGUACCUUUUGUGUUCUAAUCUAGUUUAAAAAUUUUACUAAGAUGCCAUAAUUACUUUAAUUGUGAUACCAAACUGAGAGUCUAGACAAUUAGGAUCUUUUUUUGUGAAUUAAGUCGUGACUUUUUUUUUUGGAUGAAGAUAGAUAUUUAUAUGAUAUAAAUGUAAAGUUAUUUAAAAUUUUUAAGACAGUUUGAAUUUAAAUAAAUGAGGUUUUAAGCGAUCAUUAUAUAAUAUAACUUAUAUUUUAUGUGAUAUUGCUAAUGACUAAAACAUAGAUGUAUCCUGCUUAUAUGUAAUACAUAAUUGUGUCAUAUUUAUACGAAUUAUAUAUAUAAAUGAUUAAUACUCAAAAAUCUUGAAUAUGGAAUCGACACUGCCUUAACUAAUUCUAUUUUAAGAUUAAAAAGAUAUUUUUUUUAAUAAAAAAUUAUAAUAUUUU